GCUUUGUUUCCCAUUUUCUCCUCUCCGGUGAACGUGUGAUAAGCUCCUGGAGUCUGGAGCAUCUCGCGGCCUCAUUUGCACAGGAGCCUGGGAAGGGAGGACUCGGGUUAGCUUCUUUCUUGAGGUUCCCGGAGCUGUCACAGGACUCUUCAGCCAUCAAAAAGCCGCCCUUUACAGGUCCCAGAGAAUCUUUUUCUUAUUCUUUCUGGUCAAAAUCAUGCUGGUUCGUGCCUUCCCGGGACUUCCUUGCCUUAACCUGUUGACCUGCAAAAAAUGAAGUGGUAGUGUGAAGUCCCGGGAAGCUGGCUCACUUCCAAGUGCACGAGAAAGGUGGACCUGCGAAGCCAUGGCGCUCCCCUUUCAGAAGGAGCUGGAGAAAUACAAGAACAUCGAUGAGGAUGAGCUUCUUGGCAAGCUCUCAGAGGAGGAGCUGAAACAGUUGGAAAAUGUUCUGGAUGACCUAGAUCCCGAGAGUGCGAUGCUACCGGCUGGAUUCCGACAGAAAGACCAGACCCAGAAAGCAGCCACUGGCCCAUUUGACCGAGAGCACCUCCUCAUGUACUUGGAGAAGGAGGCGCUGGAGCAGAAGGACAGGGAGGACUUUGUGCCCUUCACAGGAGAAAAGAAAGGGAGAGUGUUUGUCCCCAAAGAAAAGCCUGUAGAAGCUCCGAAAGAAGAAAAAGUGACUCUGGACCCAGAGCUGGAAGAAGCCUUGGCCAGCGCCUCUGACACUGAACUCUACGAUCUUGCAGCUGUCCUUGGAGUCCACAAUUUGCUCAACAAUCCCAAGUUUGAUGAAGAAACAACCAAUGGCAAAGGCCACAAGGGGCCUGUAAGGAAUGUUGUCAAAGGUGAAAAAGCCAAACCAGUAUUUGAGGAGCCACCGAACCCCACAAAUGUGGAAGCAAGUCUGCAGCAGAUGAAGGCCAACGACCCCAACCUGCAAGAGGUCAACCUCAACAACAUCAAGAACAUUCCAAUCCCAACCCUGAAGGAAUUUGCCAAGGCUCUGGAGACCAACACCCAUGUGAAGAAGUUCAGCCUGGCUGCAACCCGCAGCAAUGACCCCGUGGCCCUUGCUUUUGCAGAUAUGCUGAAAGUCAACAAGACCUUAAAAAGUCUAAACGUAGAAUCCAAUUUCAUCACGGGAACUGGGAUCCUGGCCCUGGUAGAAGCCCUGCGGGAGAAUGACACCUUGACAGAGAUCAAGAUUGACAACCAGAGGCAGCAGUUGGGAACCGCUGUGGAGAUGGAGAUAGCCCAGAUGCUGGAGGAGAACUCAAGGAUCCUCAAGUUCGGGUACCAGUUUACCAAGCAAGGGCCACGGACAAGAGUGGCAGCUGCCAUCACAAAAAAUAAUGACCUUGUUCGCAAGAAGAGAGUCGAAGGAGACCGGAGGUAAACCUCCACCACGCAGCCAUCUGAAACACGGACAAAAACUCAUCCUCUUCUUCAUGGGACCACUCUAUCUAAGGCUGUUCGUUUCCGUUAACCGUCUAAGUCAUAAUCCUAGAGGUUACUCUUUCUUAGACUACUUAUUUAUGCGAAAACGUGUGUAGUGGUUUGACUUUCUCCUGGACACACCUGGAAGCGUGCACAAACAGGAUGACACGGAUCUCAGACAGUAACAGCGCUGGAGAUGAUUUUAACCACUUUCAUAUUGUCUUGCUUUCUUACAUGAACGUGUUUUUAAUCGUGGAAAGGGGCUUAGCGUGUGUUUGUAGCUGAUUGCAGUAGAGGCCUAUCUCUGUUUACACGCAUCACUUUGAGUUAGGCUGAGUACAUGGGACGUGUGCUGCUGACCACAUCAGAAGUUAGUAUUGCCAAUCUUUCACAAACUCUCCGUUAAUUCCAGAAAACUGUCGCUGCGUGCACAUGCCCGGAUGAUUGAUUGUCAGUGGGAUCCUCCUUAGGCAGCACUUUAACCUUGUAUUAUCAAAUUAACUGUUUAUUAUCCCAUGAGUAUGCUGAUAAUUCACACACUUUACCAUGAUUAAACAUGAAUUAAACAUUUGUGUAGGUGGGUGGCACUAGGAAUUGUACCCAGGGCCUUGUGUAUGUUAGGCAAGCACUCUACCCCUGAGCUGUAUCUCCAACCCAAAUUAUAUUUAAUAGACAGUUACUUACAAAGCCAUUGAAAGGCUUUCCAGGUAUAAUAGAAAAUUUUAAAUUUUACUAAAAGAAAAUUUCAAAAUAGCACAUUCCUAAAUAAAACAAUAAUAAUGGCAUCUUAAGGGCUAGAGUGACGGCUCAGCAGUUAAGAGUGCUUGCUACUUUCCCAGGGGACCAGAGUACAGUUCCCAGCACCUAUGUCAAGUACCUAACAGUGGCCAUCCAUCUUCAGGGGAGUUUGAUGCCUCCAGCCUCUGAGGGCAUUCCCAAACAUACAUACAUAAC